CUGAAACACACAGCCUUGCUAAAUCACAAACAUGGAAGACCUGGAAAUCUCAUCGCUGUAUAAAGCGACAUCUGUAUCCGUACCCUCGCCGAGCGCAACACACGCCGCAUGCCUUUCGAACGGCCGCCUACAAAUACGCUGCCUCGUCACAUUUGAAAUACAAAGAAGUAUCGGCCUCCCGGCCUCCUUCGACACCAAGACCGCGCGCCUCGCGUGGUCGCCAGCUACUACUCCCCACACCGCCUACUCUGCGUCGUCGUCGUCGCGGCGCCCACCCCGCUCGGCCUCAAACCGCGUCCUCAUAUACGACGACACCACAACGCGCGUAUACGACUUGCGCGACGAUAGGUGGAAUGCUGUCGUCAAUAAUGGCUCCGGCGGCAUGGGCAGAAAUGUGCACGUCGAGUUCGGCGCAAACGAGGAGGAGAUCGUUGCGUGGAGCGACUUCGGUGCGUGUGCCAAAGUGUGGUGUUUGAGGUCCGGACGAGCUAUUGAGAUUAGGGAUCCAAAGUUCCCUGGGAAAGAGGGCAAGGGGUGGGGAUACCGCGUUGUCAGUCGCGAUAAUGGAAGAGGAGGGGUUAUGGCCAUGUUGUGUCGCUCGUCGGGCAUGGAUGUGCUCAUGCUGCUUGCGCCGCGCACGUAUGCGCUCAUCAGCCGUGUCGAGCUGCCGACGAUUGAUGCGGCUGGGCUGAAGUGGAGUCGCGAUGGUCGCUGGAUCGCGGUCUGGGAUGCGACGUCGACGGGGUACAACCUGUACAUCUUCACCGCGGACGGGCAUCUAUACCGCACGAUUACACGAGAACCUUCGACUGAUGCUAGGGAGUGGACUGUAGAAGGAUUGGGUAUUAAGAGCGUGGAGUGGGUGCCUGGCACAGAAUGGCUGGCAGUCGGCGGCUGGGAUCGGAGGGUGCGCAUUCUGUCGACACGGACGUUUGCUCCUGUUGUGUUUCUGGACCACACUGCCAGCAUAGACGUGCCUGGUGCUCCAGUUUACUCUGAGAAAGUCGACGGACAAGGGCACAGGACGUAUACGAUCACACCACAGCCCGUUACGCCGCCGAAAGCUCCGCUGGAAAAGAACGAGACGACCCUGAUGAAACAGGGCAUCAGUCUGCUUGCAUUCAACAGCGAUGGCACAUUAUGCGCCACAAGAGACGAUUCAACACCAAGCACAGUAUGGAUAUGGGAUCUUCGGAGUCUGCAACCUCGAAUGAUCCUGAUUCAGUACGCGCCGGUCAAGUCAUUACACUGGCACCACGACAAUCCUGGACUCCUACUCAUCCAGACGACUCACGAUUCGCCUACAUUAUACCUGUAUCAAGCUUCCAACCUUUCCGCUUCAACAUCUGCUUCUACGUCUGCAUCAGCGCCACCUCCCGCCAUCCUCGACCUUUCUUCCCAUAUCAACAAGCCAGCGAGCACUCUACCAGCAAGAUGGACAACAUCCUGGCUCUCCACACCGACUGACAAGAAACCUGCCCUCACACUCGCACACCAAGCAGGCUACGUUUUCAGCUGGCCUUUUGGCAAAGACGUCAUCUUGCGUUUCAGCACCCCGGACGGUAGCGAGGCCAGCGAUGACAGUCUGUACGACAUACUGACCGGCCGUACACCGGUGCCAAGGCUUCCAGACAGCGAUGAACCAGACAUGGACGACAGCAUGCUGGCGGAACAGCAGCUCGUCGCCGAGGACUCAGAGUACAUGAUGAGCUUUGACGACACAUUCCGGGGCAAGUCGGUGGAGCAUGAGGCUCGCAGUCAGCGAGGCAGAAGCGUGUUGGACGACGAUAGUGGCCUGGACGAGAUAUUUUGAAACAACAAUAUUUCACAACACCCGUACAAUUUUAAUAUACCACCGCACAUCUCGUCGGCUUACACAGACCCUCAUCCCUCCAAUCACCUCCUCUCCCAAUCCCGCCCCCAAUAUCCCAAACCCCCCUUCACCGACUCAUCACCCUCCGGCCACCUGAGCCCGCACGACUCAGCCUCGCCACCCCCCGACUACCCAACACAGCAACUCGCCCAAAAACCAUCGAAAACCCCUUGGAAAAGGGCCGCAAACUCACCCUCCCAACUUGCCCCAACGGGCAAACUGCACUUCCCGCGUCGAACACGGGUGGCGUAAGAAGGCCCGUCUUGCAGCGCAGCAGCGCACUCCCUCCAGCGAAAAGGCGAGCGCCGCGCCGAACUCGACCGCACCCGC